GAACAAAAAAGUUGUCCGGCCUUCCAGAACAAUUUAUCAUUUUCAGAACAGGUCGAUCUGAAAAGUGCAUAUAUCCUCGAAACCCCAAAAGGAGAAAGGAAAACAUCUCCAACAACUCACUUACCAAACUACCCCCACCACAAUUCGCAAACAGAAAGACAACAUGACAACGCGUAAGAGAAAUGAAUUCCUCGACCUCGCCCCAAGCGACGACGAAGACAACGACCGCGGCUACGACUCCGAAGCGGCUGAAGAAAGCAAAGCGCGAAUCUCCAAGCGCAGACGAACGCAAAACCAAACCGACGAAUCCGACCAAAGCGACAAUGACUCCGACGAAGACCUAAAACUAAGCAAGAGCAAAGGCAAAGCCAAGAAGCCCCAGCAAUCCGAAGAUGAUGACAACGACGAUGACGAACAAGAAGAGACCACCGGCGCGCAAUACCUAGACGUCACAGAACAGGAAACGAAACCGAGCAAGCGGAAACCAUUGGAUAAGGGCAAGCCGCCGAAGAAGAACAAGACCGGGGUUGUCUAUCUCUCGUCGCUACCGCCUUAUUUGAAACCGUUUGCGUUGAAGAGUAUGCUGGAGGCGAGGUCGUUCGGGCCGAUUACGAAGGUGUUCUUGUCGCCUUCUGUGAGGCCGGCUUCGGCGCCGCGGAGGAGGUCGAAUAAGCGGAAGACGUAUACGGAUGGGUGGGUUGAGUUUGCGUCGAAGAAGACGGCUAAGCUUUGUGCGGAGACGUUGAAUGCGUCGAUUGUUGGGGGGAGGAAGGGCGGUUGGUACCAUGAUGAUGUGUGGAACAUGAAGUAUUUGAAGGGCUUCAAAUGGGGCGAUCUGAUGGAACAGGUGCAGAGGGAGAGACAGGAGAGGGAGGCUAAGCAGCGCAUUGAGGACUCACGGGCCAGGAAAGAGGACAAGGUCUUCCUUCAGGGUGUUGAGACAGGUAAGGUGCUUGAUGGAAUGCAGAGAAAGAACGAAGAGAAGAAGAAAAGGAAGAUGGAGGCUGGUGAUGUGGGCGGCCAGCAGACCAACGAGCUCAAAAUUAGGAGAACCUUCAAACAGAAUGAGGUUAAGAGGGGCCGUCAUACGAUCCAGGAUGGUGCAGCUGCUUUGGAGGAUGAUACAAAGAGGGUGUUGGGGAAGAUUUUCUAGUCGAUUCAUGUACAGUUCUUAAAAGAUAUCCUUAUCAGCGAAACAAGCUUUGUUGGUUUAAAAUAUUCUAGCAGAUCUGCCUUUGCUAUG